UGCUCAGAAGUGGCUGGGGCAGAAUCACUCCCAGCCCUUGACACAGGAAACCUCUGGCUGCAGGACAAUGCAGCUGCAGCUCCUGCAGUGAUCUCCUAAAGCUGGAACAUCCCAAUGCCUCCAGACUCUACCCCUAUGCCAAGGCACUGCAAAUGACCAACAUCAGCUCCAUCAGCCACUUCCUUCUACUACCAUUGGCAAACACACGGCAGCUGCAGCUCCUGCACUUCUGCCUCUUCCUGGGCAUCUCCCUGGCUGCCCUCCUGGGCAACGGCCUCAUCAUCAGCGCCGUAGCCUGCAGCCACCACCUGCACACCCCCAUGUUCUUCUUCCUGCUCAACCUGGCCCUCACUGACCUGGGCUCCAUCUGCACCACUGUCCCCAAAGCCAUGCACAAUUCCCUCUGGGACACCAGGAACAUCUCCUAUGCAGGAUGUGCUGCACAGAUCUUUUUCUUUCUAUUCUUCAUGUCAACAGAGUUUUAUCUCCUGACCAUCAUGUGCUACGACCGCUAUGUGUCCAUCUGCAAACCCCUGCACUACGGGACCCUCCUGGGCAGCAGAGCUUGUGCCCACAUGGCAGCAGCUGCCUGGGCCAGUGGCUUUCUCACUGCUCUGCUUCUCACAGCCAAUACAUUUUCCCUGCCCCUGUGUCAGGGCAAUGCCCUGGGCCAGUUCUUCUGUGAAAUCCCCCAGAUCCUCAAGCUCGCCUGCUCCAAAUCCUACAUCAGGGAACUUGGCCUUAUUGCUGUUAGUGCCUCUUUAUCAUUGUGCUUUUUUGUGUUCAUUGUUUUCUCCUAUGUGCAGAUCUUCAGGGCUGUGCUGGGGAUCCCCACUGAGCAGAGACAGCACAAAGCCUUUUCCACCUGCCUCCCUCACAUGGCUGUGGUCUCCCUGUUCAUCAGCACCUCAUUUUUUGCCUACCUGAAGCCCCCCUCCAUGUCUUCCCCAUCCCUGGACCUGGCCCUGUCAGUUCUGUACUCGGUGGUGCCUCCAGCCCUGAACCCCCUCAUCUACAGCCUGAGGAACCAGGAGCUUCAAGGCUGCAGUGUGGAGAAUGAUCACUGGACAAUUUAAGAAACAAUGAU